GUCAGAGUCUUUGACGUUCCUCACCAGCAACCCAACCUCCAAACCGCCCAGAACAAGUGCAAGUGGGGGUGAGAAUGCGCGCGCGCGCGGACCGGCUGCGCUUGGCACGUUUGGUGGCCCGGGGCCCCGAGGCCCGGGGUCCUGCCUGGCGACCCGGGAUUACCGUGACGUCACACUGAGCCUCAGGCCACCUUGGACUGGGACACCUUGGGAGGCGCACAGCCCCGCGCCGCUCCUCAGCUCGCCUCGCCACCGCGCGCCUUUGGGAACCCACACCCUCUUCCUUCCUCUGCCCAUCCAUGGGCCCCUCUGUCUUCCGGACCCCGCGGGCCGGAGGGGCGCCUUCCGGAGCGCAGGGCUUGGCAGCCUGGCUGCCCGCGGCUCUGCCUCCAGCCGCGCCAAGAGGGCAGAAGACCCGGCGCUGGGCACCGGCGGCGGUGUAAGGAACCGAGGCGCUGCACAGCUGGGGGCGCCGAACCCCAGGACUGAGGCGGGAACUCCGAAGGGAAGAGGGAGGCGGGCCAGGGACUGCCACCAUGUCCUUCCCACAUUUCGGACACCCGUACAGCGGCGCUUCCCAGUUUCUGGUGUCUGCCAGUCCCAGCGCCACUUGCUGCGAGUCCGCUCCGCACUCGGUUCCCGAUGUGGCCUCAGGCUCCACCCCGGCGGCCGCUCUCUGCUGCGCGUCCUACAAUAGUCGGCUGCUGGGCAGCGCGCGGCCGGAGCUGGGCGCGGCCUUGGGCAUCUAUGGAGCCCCCUACGCGGCCGCUGCGGCCGCGCAGAGCUACCCUGGCUACCUGCCCUACAGCCCCGAGCCGCCCGCCCUGUACGGUGCGCUGAAUCCACAGUAUGAAUUUAAGGAGGCUACCGGGAGCUUUACAUCCGGCCUGGCGCAAUCAGGAGCCUAUUAUCCUUAUGAGCCCGCUCUGGGGCAGUACCAAUACGACCGUUACGGCGCUGUGGAGUUGAGCGGCGCCGGGCGCCGGAAGAACGCCACUCGGGAAACCACUAGCACCCUCAAGGCCUGGCUCAAUGAGCACCGGAAGAACCCCUACCCCACCAAGGGCGAGAAGAUCAUGCUGGCCAUCAUCACCAAGAUGACCCUCACCCAGGUGUCCACCUGGUUCGCCAACGCGCGCCGGCGCCUCAAGAAGGAGAACAAGAUGACGUGGGCGCCCAAAAACAAAGGCGGGGACGAGAGGCAGACCGAAAGAGAGCAGGCGGAAGCGCGGGGCUGCCUACAGCGGGACACCAGAGACGUUAGUGCUAACCCAGACGCCCGGGGGCUCCGGCUGAGUGACCUGGAAGACCUGGAGGAAGAUGAGGAAGAGGAGGAGGCCGAAGAAGAGGAGGCAGUGGCCACAGCUGCGGACAGGCUGGCGGAGUUCCACAAGGGCAUGCAGCCACUGCCGGCGCCAUGCGCUGCAGCUCGAGAGCGCCGGCUGGAGCGCAGGGAGUGCGGCCUGCCGGCGCCCCGCUUCUCCUUCAAUGAGCCCUCCGCGCCGGGAGAGGCUAACUUCCUCCGGGCCGAGCCCGGGGGCCCCACGCUGACCAUGCACUACGCCUGCAGCGAGAAACCGCGCAUCUGGUCUCUUGCGCACACCGCGGCGGCCAGCGCCGUCGAAGGUGCACUUCCAAGCCCGCCCAGGCCACGAAGUCCUGAGUGCCGCUUGAUUCCCGGACAGCCUCCAGGAUCGGGCAGGCAACCUGUGGUCCCCAGAGAGUCUGCGUGCGACGAGUCUUCCCGCGUAGCCAAAGCCUUUGGAAACCCCACGUUUGCCCUGCAGGGGCUGGCGCUGAACUGUGCGCCCUGCUCGCGUGGGAGGGAGCCUGCCGUGCAGUGCCAGUACCCGUCCGGAGCAGAAGCAGGUUAGCGCAAUGGCUGCGAUUUGCGGAAGACUCUCGGCAAUGAGCCCCGCUUCUCGAACUCAUCUUCACGCUCAGAAGCUGGGAGACCUCGCCAAGGACCAGGGGCUCUCACUUCGCCUAAAAGACAGAC